AUGGAGCAAGCUGCAACUGAGGUUGAGGUUGAAGAAGCUGGGGUCCUCCAAGUUCCAGAUCAAGCUCUAUCGACAGAGGAAACUGCCUCUACUCCUGUUCCUCGGGUUGUUCAUGUCCCUCAGCCCGAGGUUGCUCUUGCUUCUACCGAUGACGCCCCUGCCCUUACCGAAACUGUUCUUGCCCCACAAGGCGAAGCCUCCUACUCCCCGUG